CCUCAUAUCAAUCGACAUGGACAUGACCAGGCAGCUACCCGAGGACAUGCUCCUGGACGUCCUCCGCCGCCUCCCUCCCCGCAGCCUCGCGGCGUCCCGCUGCGUUCGCAAGGGAUGGCGCGCCGCCGUCGACGGCCACCGCCUACUGCGCACGGACCUUCUCCCGCUCUCGCUCGAUGGCGUCUUCCUCGAGCUGCGUGACCUGGACCUGCCCCUCGAGCGGAUGGAGCACCCCAUGCCCGCGCUCUUCUCACGCCGCACCACGGCGCGCCGGAUCGCCGCCAGCCUUGGCUACCCGGACACCCCCUCCUGGGUGGAGUUACCCGCAGCGCCCCCCCGGUGCUGCGAUCUCUGCAUGAGCGGUCACUACCUCGUGUUUGAUCCGACGGUGUCGCAGCACUACGAGGUGCUCUCGGUCCCGGACAUACCAUGGAGCCUUCCGACGGGGCACAUUUCCAAGCAUGCGUGCGAGGAUAAGCCGGUGUCCGAGAUGGAGUGGCCGCCUUCGCCGUACGUCGUGGAUGUCUUCUCCUCAUGGACCGGUGAGUGGAAGGAGAGGUCGUUUGUUCGGGAAGGGAUGGCCGCGGGAACGGUCGCCGGUUGUAGGUCGAAGGAAAGACGCAUAUUGCGUUACGCUGCUUACUGGCGUGGAGCACUCUACGUCUCUUGCGAAGACGAUUUUGUUUUGAGAAUGAACUUGUCAAAUGAUAAAUACCAAGUAAUUCAGUGCCCUCAAGGAAAGAAGCUAGCGUCUUAUGCACCUCGUCUCGGCAAAUCCAAGAAGGGUGUCUAUUGCGCAUUCCGUGUUGCACGUGAUGCAUUCCAGCUAUGCUGGGGGAUCCUGGAUCUUACAAGCGACAGUGACGAAGAGCUAGUCGAAGACAACUCUGAAUGGGAUCCGAACAAUGAUAAUGUGGUUAGCGCUGAAGAUUGGGUUGCCAAGCACAGUUCUAACUCGACAAUUGAUUUUCUUGGAUUUCAUCCUUACAAAGAGAUUGCUCUGUUUGAAUCGAGCGGCAAUGUAAUGGCCUACCAUAUGAACACUUUGAAGGUUCGGGAUCUGGGUCAUAUUAAAAUGGGGAGGAACGAGAUUGAAUGUUCUUUCCCGUACAUGCCAUGUUGGAUUGGCCCGUUACCUGGAAGCCAUUAUAGAACCCAGUUUUGUCCAUAG